AUGAAGGACCAAAUUGCAAAGCCAGGAGAAAUAAAAGAGGCGAUAAUCCUUGAUUCUUCUCCACCGUCGCAUUCUCUCGUUUUCUUGCUCUGCUCCGUCACUCAUCAGAACAAUCUACUCGAAGCCAAGAAGAUGGCUUCACAGGUUUGCAAAUCUGCUUCCAGAGCCGCGAGGUCCCUUCUCUCUGCUUCCAAAGCCUCUCGUUUUCACUCUCAAGGACGUGCGGUUGGGGCUGCUGCGGGUGUUUCAUUGAGCAGCAAAGUGCCUCUUUUGUCCACGAUUUAUAAGAAGGGCGGUUCUGAAAGUGAAUCCGCAUCAUCAUGGAUUUCAGGAUUGCUUGCUAUUCCUGCCGCAGUUUACUUAUGCCAAAAUCAGGAGGUGCAGGCGGCUGAGCUGGAGCGCACUUUCAUUGCCAUUAAGCCUGAUGGAGUGCAGAGAGGGCUGAUUUCUGAGAUUAUAUCUCGUUUUGAGCGGAAAGGGUACAAGCUUGUGGGAAUUAAAGUAGUGAUUCCUUCAAAGGAAUUUGCCAAAAAGCACUAUCACGACCUGCAAGAAAGACCCUUCUUCGAUGGGCUGUGUGAUUUCCUGAGCUCUGGCCCUGUUAUUGCCAUGGUGUGGGAAGGACAGGGAGUUAUUUCCUAUGGCAGAAAGCUAAUUGGAGCCACAGAUCCUCAGAAAUCAGAACCUGGAACCAUUAGGGGUGAUCUGGCUGUUGUUGUUGGAAGAAAUAUCAUCCAUGGGAGUGAUGGUCCAGAGACUGCCAAGGAUGAGAUUAAACUGUGGUUUAAGCCAGAGGAGUUGGUCAGUUUCUCCAGUAAUGCGGAGAAGUGGAUUUAUGGUGUCAACUGA